ACAUAGAGGUGUUAUUAUUAAGGAUGGGGAAAGCACAGCCACUCAACAUUCGCAAUCCAUUCCCUCUCUACUCACACACAACCUACGGCCCAACCAGCGCGCCAUCAGCGCGGCUGGUUGAACCCGUUGUAGUACUUACAUGAUCACUUUCACAACACUCGCAGUCGCACACACCAGAGCACUCAGCGGCCUCGGGGUCUCGACCGACGGGCCGAGAUAACUCGAAGACUGCUGACCGAAGAGCUGCCGCAGACUGACGAAGACUGAAGACCGAAGAAGACUGCAAACUCCCUGCUGGAGGCUCCGACUGGAGACUCCCACUGGAGAUUGGAGACCAUGGAGCCGAAGAACUGAACUCGAACCGCCGAGCACACGCUUUAUAUACGGCGGCGCCACGGCCAGCCUCGCCCCCUCCCCAGUUCGCCGUCGGGAGGAGGCCCACGUGACACCACCGUCGAGCUGAGCUGGUCCAGGGCGGGGUCGCCUCAGGCCCUCGGCACCCCCGCCCCGUACGUCCCCACCCCGGGCGCUCCUCGUCGGCCGUGACUCGCCCCACCGCGCGGGCUGGCUGCACCGCUGCCCCGGGCGCCGUCGCCGGGCUGCCGUGCCCUUGGUCCACUUUGCCAUGGUCGGCUGGUCCAGAGUCAGCCCUGGCGAGGUGCGCCUGGGCCGCCUCGGGCGUCGCUGUCAGGCCGACGGGACCUUGGCCGAGCAUUCCGAGUGCUGGCGGCCCGGCUGCUCGGUGUGGCGAUGUGAGAGAGGCCGGCGUGUGCCUAGUUUUCCACACUACAAUCAAAAGUCGUAAGAGCCACAAGCUAAACAAGUUCACUUUGCACUUAUCUUAACAUGUUUAUUUUUGUAACCAGCAUAUUGUUUCUUCCCACAGACUGCUCCUUCAGCACUUAAAUCCCUUGCUUAAAUCCCCCUUCCGAUCCGCCUGGAGAAUCUUGGCCUGGAGGCGCCUCUGCGACCUGACCCGUGCGCCGGCGGUGACCGAGGUCAGCGCUCAGUCGGCCGCCGCCCGCCGUCCCGCCUCCGCGGCCACCCCAGCUGCCAGCGCCCGGAGGUGCACUACGUUUGGCGGGUGCGUAUUUUAGCCACUCACAAUCACAACCCUUAGCACGGUUUUAAAUGGGUGACACAUAGCUGAUUUUAUUGGAGUAGCGCGUGUAUCGGUGUUGUGUGGCUCCGCUGAUGGAGCGGGAGGACGAAGAGAGGCAAACUGCGGAGGAGGCGGCGGAGGAGCUGCGGGUGCACAUGGAGCGCGUGGCCUCGUGGAUAACCGAUCUGGGACAGACGGGCUCUGAGGAGAUGCUGACCAGCGCCGGCGCCGUCUCCGCUAACGGAGCCACCGUGCUCGCCGGCGCGGUGCCCGCCAACGGCGCCGCCGUGCUCACCGACAACAACAACGACGCCAAAAAGGUGAAGCUGGAUAACAAGCCUAGCCGUGUGGUGCACAUCCGAAAUAUACCGAACGAGGUCAGCGAAACCGAGGUCAUCCACCUGGGAAUCCCCUUCGGCAAGGUCACCAACGUGCUCGUCCUCAAGGGCAAGAACCAGGCCUUUCUGGAGAUGGCCGACGAGGUGGUAGCCACCCAGAUGGUGGCCUACUUCGCCAACGGCACCGCCCAGCUGCGCGGCCGCUCCGUCUACGUCCAGUUCUCCAACCACAAGGAGCUCAAGACGGACCAGACGCACUCGAACGCGAACGCCUCGGCUCAGGCCGCGCUGCAGGCGGCGCAGGCGCUGUCCGGCGGCGACACUCAGGGCGGCCCCAACACGGUGCUCAGGAUCAUCAUCGAGCACAUGGUCUACCCGGUCACCCUGGACGUGCUCCAGCAGAUCUUCUCGCGGGUCGGCAAGGUGCUGAAGAUCGUCACGUUCACCAAGAACAACUCGUUCCAGGCGCUGAUCCAGUACCCGGACGUGGUGACCGCGCAGGCGGCCAAACUGCAACUGGAUGGCCAAAAUAUCUACAACUCGUGCUGCACUCUGCGCAUCGAAUACUCCAAGCUGCCCAGCCUGAACGUCAAGUACAACAACGACAAGUCCCGCGACUACACCAACCCCAGCCUGCCCACAGGUGACCCCACGCUCGAUUCGUCCGCCUUUAUCCUGGGAGGCGGCACUCCGGGCAUGCUGUCUCCGUUCGGCCUGCACGGCCUGGCGCCGGGCCUGGCCGGGGGGUUCCCUGCCGGCAUGGGAGAGGCCGCCAGUGCUGCCGCCGGCGCCGGCCGUUCAGUUCCGUUCGCCGGUAUGGUCCCCGGCGGUCUGCCGGGCGCCUCGAUGGGCAUGACGGGCCGGCUGCCCGGGCACCCCAUGACCGGCGCCGUGCUGCUCGUCUCCAACCUGGACGAGGAGAUGGCCUCUCCUGAAGCUCUCUUCACUCUUUUCGGCGUCUACGGCGACGUACAGCGGGUGAAGAUCCUCUUCAACAAGAAGGAUAACGCCCUGGUACAAAUGCUCGAGCCGCACCAGGCCAGUGUGGCGCUCAGUCACCUGGACAAGGUGAAGGUGUGGGGCCGCCAGAUCCGGGUGAUGCCCAGCAAACACCAGACCGUCCAGAUGCCCAAGGACGGCCAGCCGGACGCCGGCCUCACCAAGGACUUCACCAACUCGUCGCUGCACCGCUUCAAGAAGCCGGGCAGCAAGAACUACCAGAACAUCUACCCGCCGUCGGCGACGCUGCACCUCUCCAACGUCCCGCCGCACGUCACCGAACAGGACAUCCGGCAGGCCUUCGAGGUGGCCGGCUUCGACGUCAAGGCCUUCAAAUUCUUCCCGAAGCGUGACGGCGCGGAGGCGGAGGCGGGCCAGCAGCGGCGCGACCACCGGAUGGCGCUCAUUCAGCUGGGCUCCGUCGACGAGGCCGUCAUGGCACUCAUUAAAAUGCAUAAUUACCAACUGAGCGACGCCAACCACCUGCGGGUCUCGUUCUCCAAGUCGACCAUCUAAGAGGCCCGGCGAGAGCGCGCAGCGGAGGAGGGCACGGCACGGCGCCUGGUGCCGGCCGGCCGACCCGGACUCGACCCACAGCCGACCCGGAUUGACCCACAGCCUACCGAACAAACGGCCGCCGGAGCGGCGCGUGACGUCACUGGAUCAGGCAGCAGCCCGCCCGGCCACCGGAGAGCCUAUUUUUGCAUUUGCUUGCGUACGGCUAGUGGCUGAGGUCGGAGGGAGAGAUUAGUCAGAGCUGGGUAAACUAGACAUACUUGGAGACGGUAAAGUAGUAAUGUACGAUGUACAGAGGCGCGUCGAGCGGCGGGGGACGUUACGCAGCAGAGUCGUUACACAGGCCCCACAUGUUGUAGCAUUCCGGUACAACGGCGACCGAAAUUCAUGGAAAACCGCGCUGCGCCGCCGGUAUUUAUUCGCGCGUCCCUCUGAGGAGGCCAGUGGCGGGCCGGCCGGUCGGCCGAGCAGCCCAGCGCCGCCGCCGACUGAGACCCCUCCAGGGACACAGGCAGUGGUCCGACAGCCACAGGCAGGGCCGGGUGGCUGGUUGGCCGCGGGCGGAGCCCAGAGACGCCCGAACGCCGCAGGCAGGGCCCGCGGGCGGCAGGACGGCCGGACUCAGGCCAGAGUACCGCAGCCGCGCGGUCCGGGGCCCAGGUGAACCCGCCACUGAGGCGGCCGCACGCGACGGGGAGAGCGAGAGAGAACUCCAGGGAACAAAGCAGGAGGUGGGAGCGUGGUCGACGCAUCGCUCCGGUCAGCAGUAUUGUGACAGCUUUAAAGCCCGUCUGUCAAAUUAAUAUGGGCUGUGACAAUCCUCCUUUCUAAAGCCGACACAGCAGCACAAAUCUAGGCCCGUGCGCGGCGGCCGGUCGGCCCAGCCAGUCGGUCGGCCGGCCGCCCGAUGGCGCCAGCGCCAGCGCCGCAGAGGCACGCUAACAUAUCAGCCAGACGUGACUAUUUUUGUACCAUCUCGGUGCCUUUUGAGGCUAGACGAGUGCGGUAGUGCGGUUCCGGCUUUGUUUGAAGUUCCCUGUUUCUCUCUCUGGUCGAUGGACCGAUAUAUCGAAGGCGACUGUCUCCCCAGCGUUUGGUCAUGCUCGCUCCGUGUCUUCGGAUUUUGUUUAACGUAGUGUAUGUCUAGUUGAUGGUGGCUCGAAAAUUGGUGUUUUCGGCUCUUCAUAUUGCAUUUUUAUUGCAUUGUAUGUGUAGGUAGUUGUUGGGGCGAGGACCGAUUUGUCAGGUCACAUGGCGCGACGCAGGUCAGGUCAGGUCAGGCCGCUGGCCACUCGCCGCCCUGGCGCGUCGUUUAUGAUUGGUGUUUAUACCGGUCCGCGGGGAGCGGCGGAGUGUCGGCCGGGCGGCCCGUGUCGCGCGCGCGGCGCCCGGCCGGCGGCGGCGGCACCGCCCCAUCCCCAGUCCGUCGGGCGGCUACCCAUGGUUGGAUCACUCAAUGUUGUUAAAUAACGUGCCUUUGGCCGCAAAAAAAAGUUCCCUUAUCCGGUGCGGGUCGGUAGGACCGCCCGCCGCCGCCGCCGCCGCCGCCAGUCCGCCAGCCGACCCGCUCGCUGUUGACCGCACCAUGUUUUAAUCAUUGAAACCAUUUUUGUAAUAAAAUGACAAAAAUUGUUGCCAUGAACGUUUGUCUCGAGGCGAGGUGCGUCUCGCUUCCCGCGCCUGUCUAGCUGGGCUGCGCCGGUCCCUCUCUUGGACGCCUCAGCUGCUGCUCCGCUCUGCCGCUUGUCUCGGUCUCUCCGACUCUCUCGUAGCUCUCGCGCGCGUCUCGCUGCUCUACACCUCUCGGCUGGCGCUGCGACAGCCCUCCGCUCUCUGCCCGUACAUCUGGGCAACUUUAUCUCUAUCCGUCUGUCCGUCUGUCUGUCUGUCUGUCGUUUCGUCUGUCUCUCUGUCUUGUCCGGCCGUAUCGGUGGUCGCGGGUGCCGCGCGCCGAACAGGACAAUAUGUGCGAUUCCAUUAUAAAGAUCUUGGACGUUC